AUGAAGCCGCGCGACAAAAAUGCUGAGCGGAAAGCUGAAUUGAAGAGAGUUUUCGGCAAUGCUCCCUGCUCAUCGCCAUUUUGGAGACGAAUCUACUGGGCUUUACGCGGUUUUCAAUAUUGGCUGUGUUUCUAUGAUACUGAAGCCGAAAUCGAGGUGGAUGAUUUGAAUUUGAAUCCCUUCAACACGAUGCCCCCUUCACUUGAUCGACUCCACCAUGCGACCGCUUUCGACAAGAAAUGGCUCAUGUUUUUGUAUCGAAAUUUUAAGCAGAGAUGUCCAUCGGGUCGAAUGGGCGCCUCAGAAUGCCGAGCGAUUUUUCGCCAAUUUUUCCCCCGCGCCGCUCACUAUGCGUUCGCGGAUCGACUUUUCCAGGCAAUCACCAAACAAACCGGACGACCGUUUAUCACUUUUGAGGAUUUGGUGUUAUGUUUGUUCGAUUUGACAGAUGGAUCACAUCAUUUGAAUGGAGAUCUUUCGACGGCACACUCAACGGCGAAUUUUAUUGCCAACAUCAUCGGCACCGAUGAAAAGGGCCGAGUCAGUCUUGACGCAUGGGUCGGCUAUGCGUCAGCGAUUUGGGGUCUUCGAGCUUGUCGAUCAGCCGCCGCCGCAAACGCGGCGAGUCUCGGUCUAGCACACGGGAAUAGUGUGCAUGCUAGUAAGUCAAUGAGCCUUCACGGGGAUUCAGAAGUGGCCGCAUCGAAACGCUUGGCUCCACUCUUUGAACGCUACGCCAGAGAAAGAUUUCUGGAAUUCGACACAGAUGGCGAUGGUUUUGUCACUCUGGAUGACAUUGAGAGGGAAAUUGAUCUUUUAUAUGGAAAUGACCUCAUUUUGCACACAAAAGCAGAAUACCUUUGU